UCUCCGUCCUGAGGGCACCGUGGUCUCCUCCAUCUGCACCGCCUGGACAACAGGGACGAGACGCCAUGACCCCCAGCCUCACGGCCCUGCUCUGCCUCGGGCUGAGUGUGGGCCUGAGGAUCCAGGAGCAGGCAGGCACCCUCCCCAAACCCACCAUCUGGGCUGAGCCAGGCUCUGUGAUCCCCUGGGGGAGCCCCGUGACCAUCUGGUGUCAGGGGACCCGGGUGGCCCCGGUGCUCCGUUUCCAUAAAGAGGGAAGCUCACCUCCCUGGUACAGACAGGCCCCACUGGAGCACGCGGACAAGGGCAACUUCUCCAUCUCAUACAUGACACAGGACUACGCAGGGAGAUAUCACUGUUACUAUCUCAGCCCCACUGGCUGGUCAGAGCGCAGUGACCCCCUGGAGCUGGUGGUGACAGGGGCCCACAGCAAACCCACCCUCUCAGCCCUGCCGAGCCCUGUGGUGACCUCCGGAGGGAACGUGACCCUCCAGUGUCGCUCAAGGCAGGGACUGCACGGGUUCAUUCUGACUAAGGAAGGAGAACCCAAGUCCUCCUGGACCCUGGAUGCACAGCGAGGCCCCCAGGGGCAGACCCAGGCCCUGCUCCCCGUGGGUCGCGUGACCCCCAGCCACAGGUGGACGUUCAGAUGCCACGGCUUUUACAGGGACACCCCCCAGGUGUGGUCGGCCCCCAGUGACCCCCUGGAGCUCCUGGUCUCAGGUGUGUCUGGGAAGCCCUCCCUCCUGACCCCGCAAGGCCCUGUCGUGGCCUAUGGACAGAGCCUGACCCUCCAGUGUCACUCUGACGUCGGCUAUGACAGAUUCGCUCUGUCCCAGGAGGGGAGACAGGCCCUCCCCCAGAGCCCUGGCCGGCAGCCCCAGGCUGGGCUCUCUCAGGCCGACUUCCCCCUGGGCCCGGUGACCAACACCCACGCGGGCCGGUACAGAUGCUACGGUGGACACAACCUCUCCUCCGAGUGGUCGGCCCCCAGUGACCCCCUGGACAUCCUGGUGGCAGGGUGGUUCCCUGACACGCCCUCCCUCUCGGUGCAGCCGGGCCCCCUGGUGGCCUCAGGAGAAACCGUGACCCUGCUGUGUCAGUCAGGGAGCACAAGGGAAACUUUCCUUCUGUCCAAGGAGGGGGCAGCCCGGCCCCUACUGCGUCUUAGAUCAAAGUACCGAGGUGGGCAUUUCCAGGCCGAAUUCUCCAUGAGUCCCGUGACCUCAGCCCACAAUGGGACCUACAGGUGCUACAGCUCACUCAGCAGUAACCCCUACCUGCUCUCACACGCCAGUGCCCCCCUGGAGCUCGCGGUCUCAGAAUUGCUACCCUCACACCGCCAAGACUACACAGUGGAGAACCUCAUCCGGAUGGGCAUGGCCGGCUCCGUCCUGCUGGGCCUCGGGAUUCUGCUCUUUCAGGCUCAACACGACCACGGAGGAGCCCAAGAUGCAGCCAGGAGCUGAACACAAGAGGGGGUCGUGCACCGUCCCGAGUGGUGGAGCCCUGUCACGACCUUAUGUGCCCAGGAGGUUCUGGAAGAGAAUCUGCAGCACGUGUUGUGUGAACUGUUGACCAGGGAGGGAGAGACAUGGUGUGGGUGCAGGAGAAGGCCCAGGAGUCCCUGUGGAGGACUGGGCCUCGGAUAACCAUGGUGCCUUCCCUCCCCACCAGCGAUGACUCUCCCUGACUGCCCCGUCCCCUCUCACCCCUGUGACGUGAGGCACAUCCCACACGGCAGGUCUGUGUCCACACCUUACACACCUUCAUGCUCUGGCCCACUUUCAUGUAAUAUAUUUGGUUGUUUUUAAUUUCCACAUGGCUGCUGUGUGCU